CUGUCGGCGGGAGCCACAAAAGAGCGGGAGCCGCGGCCGCUUCCCGCAGCCGCUGCAUCCCGAGGCCAUGUCGCACCCGCCCUGCCCCUGGGGCUACGAGAAGCACAACGGACCUGAUCGUUGGUAUGAAUAUUACCUAAAUGCUAAAGGACACAAUCAAUCGCCUAUUGAAAUCAAUAGCAAAGAAGUCCAUUAUGACCACUCGCUACUGCCUUGGUUUGCUAGUUAUGAUCCUGGUGCAGCUAAGACCAUUCUGAACAAUGGGAGAACUUGCAAAGUUGUUUUUGAUGACACUUUUGAUAGAUCAGUGCUGAGAGGUGGACCACUUCCAGGAAUCUACAGACUGCGUCAGCUCCACUUCCAUUGGGGUUCGUCUGAUGACCAUGGCUCGGAGCACGUUGUGGAUGGAGUGAAAUAUGCAGGAGAGCUUCAUCUAUUACACUGGAAUCCAAAACACAGUAAUUAUGCUGAUGCUGUGAGAAGAUAUGAUGGUGUGGCUGUUUUGGCCAUUUUUCUAAAGGUGGGGAAACCUGUCAAACGAGAGAUGAAGAGAAUUCUUGAAGAAGUUGGAGCUAUUAAGUCAAAGGGGAAAGAAGCUCCGUUUCCAAACUUUGAUCCUUCAAUUCUUUUUCCUAAAUCUCAAGACUACUGGACUUACCAUGGCUCCUUCACUACACCUCCUUGUGAAGAGGUCAUCACCUGGAUUAUUCUGAGGGAACCUAUUGUUGUCAGUCCAGACCAGAUGGCAAAAUUCCGUAGCCUUUCCAUGAAUAGUGAAAAUGAACCUUUUCGUCCACUUGUGGAUAACUGGCGCCCUCCUCAGCCUCGGUAUUACAGGAUGGUGAGCUCCUCAUUCCUUUGAAAUCUCUGCUGAAGUGAAGUGUCUUCAAGGGACGAAAUUUCUAUAUCCCAAAGCCUAGUAAGCUUUAUGUCCUCUUCAACUCUUACACGCAUCUUCAUCCAGAGGUUCUGAGACUGAAUCUCAGCAUAACAAAAUUUGAUGGAUCACUGAAUCUAAUUGUAGAAUGGAAAAGUUUACUCAAGGCAAAUCCUCAAAAUAAAAUGGAAAUAUGGAGUCUGCUUGGUUCUUAAGUGCAUUAGCUUUAACUUUUGCUUGUUUGUGAAGAUUUCUUAAAGAGGAAAAAAAGUAGUUUUUAAUGACCGGAAAAGACAUUUUCCAAUUACCAUCAUAUUCCUUAGUGUUUGCCUUUUUCAACACCAAAGAGUCUUUCAGAAGAAAUGCAAGUUACUUUCAACUUUUAAAUGGUAAUACAGAUUAAACUCUCAUUUGUAUUGGUGUAACUUAUAAGCAGUCAAUGUGGGAGAGGUGAUAUCUUUUAUUAGACCAACUAGACUAUUGUAAAACAUAAAUAAAAUAAAGUCUUUAUUUUCAAGC